GCUUUGGUUAUUAAAUACGAGUACAUUCUAUGUGCUUAAUAAGUUGUCAGCUCUUUUUUCUCUUGUUCUUUUCUCUCCCAGAUACUUUCACUAAUUUCCCCUAACAUUCACCCAAUACACAAGGUACAUUAAGACUAGACACAAACUUACCAAAUGCUAAAUAUUACAUGUACAAGCUGAUAACGAAGAUAUUGGAUAUUGGAUCUGUUGGUUUCUUUGUUUAACGAUUUCAGUUUUGUAAAUAUAUAUUUCAGCGAGUUUAUGAAGACCAUAGAUGUACUGUCUUUUCGGAUUAUUUUUUGUCCAUACAGUCUUGAGCUCUACUAUUUCUAUUUCAUGGCAGAAUCACCACUCUCAAACAGACAUUGAACGUAUAAUCGGAAGAGUUGUUGAGAGAUGCCCUGAUAUUUCUUAUGCUUACUAUUUAACAACAGGUCGUACUACCACAACACAAAAUGGAAACAGACUGUUUGUGAUAGCUUUUGGGAGACAUGCUAACGCUUCUGAGAGAGGUAUACCAGAGUUUAAGUAUAUUGCAAACAUGCAUGGAGACGAAGUUGUUGGAAGAGAACUGUUAAUACGGUUGGCCGUCUACCUCUGUGAUGAGUUUAUCUCACAAAAUGCAUUCAUUCACAGACUAGUUAACCGAACGAGAAUCCAUAUUUUACCGUCAAUGAACCCGGACGGUUGGGAAAUCGCCGCAUCUAACAAAGAUUUUCACGAAUUCGGAAGAGGCAAUUCAAAGAGAGUGGACCUUAACAGGGACUUUCCAGACUUGGCGAAAAAGUUUUAUCGCAAUCUACGUAAUGGUGGACCCUUGGACCAUUUACAACCUGAUGAAAUCGAUGUGGAGAAGGCGCAAAUAGAGACAAGAAUGGUGAUGGAAUGGUUAGACAAAAUCAAUUUUGUGCUGGGUGCUAAUAUGCACGGUGGUGAUUUGGUUGCAAAUUAUCCGUUUGAUAAGUCAAUAACUGGGAAUUCUGCCGAAUCUAUAACACCAGACAACCCUACUUUUGUUGAGCUAGCAGAAUCCUAUGCUGAUCAACAUCCACGAAUGAAAAAAGGGAUUAAAAAGUGCUAUGACUCCGAUAACCACUUCAAUGAUGGAAUUACAAAUGGUGCAAGAUGGUAUUCGUUGAAUGGAGGUAAGAUCUGGUCAGCAAUCAGAGCUUAUACAUCAUACUGAUUACUAUUUGGAAAAAUGGCUUGGUCAACGGGUCAUUUUCACAAGCGUCUCUUUUAAUAAGAAUGUAUAUUAACUCAUUCUAAGGUAUUCGAAUGAUUGAAAAUUGAACUCUAAUGUGUAAAACGUAUAAAGCAAUAAGUUGUCCAAACGUUUUUCUGUUAUUUAAUCCCCAAAAAAUAUCAAAUUUGAAAAUCUACAGUCGUUUUGAUUUGUUCUCUUAUCAUAACAUGUGUCAUGAACAUCUAUUUUUAGUAUGCCUUUGUGGAGAAACAUUCCAGUGUCAUUAGGGUUUCGCGUGAGUUGUUUUAUUCGACACCCACUCAUUUACUGCUUAGUCUCAAUCUAUAACUUCUCACAGAGCAUUAAACUCCCUUAUUUUAAAAUGAUAAUAAGCGGAUUACCAUUGGGUGAUACAGCUUCGUUCAGACCAACAAAUCAAUAUUCAGGGAUAGCCAAUAAAAUUUUUAAAGGAAGAAAAAAGAACUGAUGUAGAUAUUGGAAGCAGGGUAGGGAGUUAUUGAUUACUCUUGAGAAAAUUUUUUAUUUAUAUGUAAAAAACAAAAACAACCAACGGAUAAUUAAGGAUAUUUAGUUAAGAACAUAAAAGUAAAUAUGGCUGAAUGUAACUUAAGGGAUAUCCUUUAAGUAACAAUUGUCUCAUAUUCCGUAAUCGUUUUCUGAAAGAUUAUUGUUACUGUUAUCAUUAUGAUCAGCCCAACCACACUAAUACAGAAAAAGCAAUAAAUAUACAGAAAGACAAAAUCAUUUCAUAAGUGACUGACAUUUUGCGGAGGUUUGGCUAUAGAGUUUGAAGUAGAUAUAUUUAAUUCCCUGAAUAAAAUGAAUUAAGUAUACUAUGAAGUCUGCUGAAUAUGAAAAACUAAAUAAAUCAAACAACUAUUGUACCCAAAUUGAUUCAAUCCCAUAAUAACUAAUAAAAUUAUAAAAUGGUGUUUCUUAUUUUUCGCCGAACCUUUCUUGGUAAAGGUCAAUUCGUUGAUUGCUGUGAAGUUGAUCACAGUAUAUUUUUAUACAUAUAGCUCCCUGUAUAGUAUUCCCUUUAUAGUGUAUUUUUUCUCACACAAAUCCUUCAACGUAUAGCAUCACAGUCAUAGAACUACACUGAAAUACUGUAAACUUUAUUUGUCAUCAAUAACACCGUUCAUUGAACAAAACAAUGUAAAGUGGCUAUUCCUCUAAAAUCCAUAAAUCAGUAGAUUCAUUAUAUCUUUGACCCAAAAACUCCCGUCAAAAUCACUUUACCGUUCGGAGGUGAGUCAAAUAACCUUUUAUUGAAACAA